UUUGAGGGGCACAUGCACACCACAACCCUCAAAUGAAACUUCUCUCUGACUUCCAAGAGUUGACUUUAUUGUUUUAAAUGUUUGCAAAUUUGAGCCAUUUUAUAUCUUCAUUUAAUUUCUGCGAGAAACUUGAGUUGACUUUCUCUUUGAUUUAUAGAAUUGAAGAACAAGAAGAUGAUGAAUGACAAGAUGAAAGCUUUGAUGAUUGGAGUUGUAGGUGCAGGAAUCACACUUUCUGCUUAUUCACAAACAUACAUGACUCCAACUCAGUGUAUCGGCACCGGCCUUGUUAUACUAAUUGUAGGACUUUUUGUCGGGGAAGGUAUCCUUCCGGUCUAAUUUACCCUUUUUUGUCGUUCACUAGAAAGACUGUUUUUGAUUCUUCAUAGAAAUCGUUGUAUCUGUGGAGGAUCCAAGAAAAAAGGGACAUGUGUCCCGAUAUCCGGAUCUAGAACAGUUGUAUUUUAUCUUUUUGUAUUUCUUUAGUUUGUAACCUUCAUUUUGAAUCAAGACCCCUAAAAGUAUAUGUCAUGGAAUCAAAUUAUUAUUUUUCUUUUUCUAGUUGUAUGAUAACCGAUGAUAAAUUUUAAUUGUGUUUGGUCGUAGGGUAAUUUUCAUUUUGGCUAUAAACUUUAGCAUAAUAAAAAUACAAACAAUUGGAAUUGUUCAUUUGUUUUGAGUUUUAAGAUGCAUACGAAUUUUUAGUUUUAGAAUUGAUGAAUGACACAAUUUCCGAUGGGAAUGAGAUUAUACCCCGUAUAAUCACAAAAGAAGAUAUGUGAAUCCGAAGGAAAUCUACCUGCAACUCGAAACUGAUACACAUAACAGACGACAUGAAACACCAAUGAUUGCUUUCCAUCGUAAAAUCUUGUACUUUCUAUGAAAGAUCUCUUGCGGAUUCAUGCCCAAAUCCUAACAUCUGGAUUGCAUUCCCACAGACAUGUGAUUCGUGAAAUCACCCGAUUUUGCACUUCAAACCACUUUAGCAGCUCAAGUUAUGCAAGGCUUGCGAUUCAACACUCCAAAAAUUCUAAGCCUUCGUCAUCGAACAAUGUCAUCAGGGUUUGCACCACCAGGAAAGGAAACAAUGGGGAUUUGUAUAGAGAAAAAGAAACCAUGUUGAACUUCAAACAGAUGCAUUCUUCACGUAUUAGACCCUUUGAGCUUACAUACGCUUCUGUAUUUAAAGCUUGUGCCUCGUUGUUGGCCUUUGAAGAAGGCCGGCAGAUCCAAGUCGACUGCCUGAAACGUGGUUUGGAUUUCGAUGUCUAUGUGCGGAACACCAUGAUUCAUUUCUAUUCGUCUUGCAAGAAGAUCAUUAACGCACGACAACUGUUCGAUGAAAUGUCGUACAGAAGUGUUGUUUCUUGGAACACUAUCAUUUCUGCUUUCUUUCAUGUCUCGUGGUUCUAUGAAUCAAUACUGUAUUAUACAAAGAUGAGAAACAUUGGAAUCGAGCCAGAUGGAACUACAAUGGUGGUGAUGCUCUCUGUUUGUGCUGAGCUGGGGAACUUGACAAUGGGGAAAUGCGUUCAUACUCAAACAAUUGCAAAAGGAUUAGAACUUAAUUGUCAAUUAGGAACAUCACUCGUUAACAUGUAUGCCAAAUGUGGGGCUUUGAAUUAUGCACAUUUAGUGUUCGACAAAAUGCACCAUCGAAAUGUGUGGACAUGGAGUGCAAUGAUUCAAGGAUUAGCCCAACAUGGAUUCGCUACACAUGCUCUAACACUUUUCAAGAAAAUGGAACUCACUAAAAUCCAACCUAACCAUGUGACAUUUCUUGGAGUUCUUUCUGCUUGUAGCCAUGGUGGAUUAGUGAAAGAUGGGUAUCGAUUCUUUAAAGAAAUGAAGGGCGUUUAUGGAAUUAACCCUCGGAUGACACACUAUGGUGCAAUGGUGGAUGUUUUAGGAAGAUCUGGUUGCCUCAAAGAAGCAUAUGAUUUCAUUUUGAAAAUGCCAAUUAAGCCUGAUGCAACUGUGUGGAGAACUUUGUUGAGUGCAUGCAAUAUUCAUGGUGGAAAUGACUUUGAUGGAGUUGGUGAAAAGGUUGAAAAAAGAUUACUUGAAUUGGAGCCAAAGUGGAGUGGCAAUUUGGUAAUUAUUGCAAAUAGAUAUGCGAAUGUAUGCAAAUGGGAGGAGGUAGAAAAAGUGAGGAAGAGUAUGAAGGUUAAAAAGAUGGUUGGAGAGAGUUGUAUUGAAGUAAAAGGUUCCACCUUUAGAUUCUUAUCGGGAUAUGUUUCUAAAGCUUCUUGUGUAAAUAUUUACUUGUUAUUAUAUGGUUUGAAUUUGAACAUGAAGAUUAAUGAUCCAUAAUUUGCUCCAUUAGUGCCUUUUUGAUUCAA